UCUAGUAACUUCAAAUCCAACCCUACCGGUCUAACAAACAGCGACGGUUUGAAAUCCCUCCCGUCCCGAGUAGCUGGCGCAGAGUCUACCAUAACCAAGUUCGCGAUUUCGCUGCGACGACGGCUUUGCGAGGAUGGCGGCAUCCAACGAGCUUCAUGAAGUCUUAAAACCCUUUUACCAGAGAGCUUCCGAAGCAGAGUACCGCUUGGCAAGCCUUGAAGCAGCCCUUGCUCCUAAGAAAGAUGCUGGAAACGAGGAACUAUUGAAGAUGAUUAGUGAACUACAGUCAGAGCUAGAAGCUGUAAAAGCUGAGCAUGUUUCGGAAAAAAAGAAGGCUUCAGAAGAGGUUAAGAAGCUUCAUGCAGAAAAUGCAAAACUCCAAUAUCGGAUAACCCAUCUCGUUCGGUCACUAAAGGAGGCUGAUAGCAAGUUGGCUCCCUAGUGAGGAAAAAGUUGCUUUCGAAGAGACUUGCAAGGGAGAGACAUGAAGGUUUACUGGACCACAGUCCACAGAUUAUGUCUACUGCUUGUGGUUAGGGACCAUAGAUUAUGCCUACUGGUUGUGGUUAGGCAAAACCUCACUGAUGGGCGAAAAUAUAUUCAGAUCUAAACCUACUUUCCAUCAUUUAUCUUAUAGUUGAAUUUCAUGCAA